CAUAAAUGCCAAGCCCAGACCUGCUCUGGCCGGCACCCAGUUGCUCCCGAGAGCUCAUAGCUGCAGUGUCACAGCCAGAUGUGCCCUUGGCAGUAAGGCUCCCGUCCAUGGAGAAGCCCGUCACAGUCCUGCGCGUGAGACUGUACCACCCCACGCGGGACCCGGACACCUUUGCCAAAGUCCCGGCGAAGCUGCAGCACGACGCCAGCCCGCUGCUGGUGGGGCGGGGCCCGGACGCCCACCUCCAGCUGCAGCUGCCACGCCUCUCCCGCCGACACCUGUCACUAGAGCCGUACCGGGAGAAGGGCGACACUCUGCUGGUCUUCUGCCUGAAGGCGCUGAGCCGCAAAGGCUGCGUGUGGGUCAACGGGCUGACUCUGAGGUUCCUGGAGCAGGUUCCCCUGAGCGUGGUCAACAGGGUGGCCUUCUCCGGCAUCCAGAUGGUGAUCCACAUAGAGAGAGGCACCUCCCUGGAGGCCUUUGUCUGCUGCUUCCAUCUCAGCCCCUCGCCCCUGAUUCACAGGCCCCAGGCUGAAGAGACGGAUGAAUGGGAAGGCCAACCCCAGGGGCAGCCGCCCCCAAGUUCAGGACAGUGAGCUCCAGAUCACCUGGGGCUUCUCCGCGGCCCUUCCCAGCCAAGCCUUGGAGGAGGAAGAGAAACACAGCUCCAGAAGGCGCCCUUGGACAGGAUGCUUUGCUAGUCCCUCCAGCGGCCCCGAGCAAGGAUUACCUGAAAUAGGACUUGAACUCUCGUAGCUUCAUCAUGUGAGGUUCAAGCAAGACCUGCCUGGCAAUAAUGAACUGAUUCUGCAAACGUGAACAGCCUGGGCUGGGGGAGCACCCUCCGUGGUUACAGCUAUACACAGUAAUGGGAACUUCAUAUAUUUUAGAGGCCCUGAGGGCUUCUGAGAGCCUCUCUCAGCCUCUCCCCACAUUUCCCCGGCCUGUCUGCCUAGGAGUUACUUUAUGUUGCUAAUUUCAUGAGCUGCUUAAGGGCUGGAGUCUGAGGUUGCGGGAGGAAUGCAUGGGACACAUGUACCAAUUACGUUUGUCGUAGCUCGGGGUUACCUUGGGCUUUCAAAUACCCACAGGCACUCAGGGCUUAGGGAAGCCUGUGUUUAAUAAA